GCCAUGGCUGAUGCUUCCAGAAGAGCUUCAACUUGGCUGCAGAGGGCCAGGAACAGCGUUGAGAAUUUACAGGAAUGGGAAGAUUUCACAAAGGGGCUUUUUGAUGCCAUCCAGCAGCAGUUGAGAGCGAGCCACGUUAACUCCUUCCUGGACCUCUCUGAGGCAGAAAAGGUCUUUGUCUUACAGAAAGCCACCAAAACCAUCCAAGAAGGUGAUGCCUAUAAGGCUCUGACGUCACAGGUUAGCACUUGCUUGGAGAAGGAGAUUUACCACCAGAUGGCUCAGGAGAUGCGAUGUGGAGGUCCGGUGACAAAUAGGAUGCCGUUGUUCCUGACACACAUUGAGGAUGGCAUGAUGACCUUGCUAGAGAAGCGGCCGGAUCUGAGGGGGAGGCUCCACUCACUUUUUAACCAGACUUUACCUGCCCGAUUGCGUGGUCUGAUGUGGAGGCUGUACCUGUCUGACGGGAAGGCAAAGUUAGAGUAUCUUUCCCAAAUGGCAGCACAUCGAGCCACAUCCUGGAAGGACCGAGAGAUCUCUUUGAGGUGCCAGGCCCUUCUGGAUUCUGAGCCAACUUUCAAGGCCCUGAAAGAUAGCAAAGUUGCAGCCAGACACCUGAGGAAUGUACUCUCAUAUUACCACAAACUCCACGGCACAUCCACCCCUUUGCGUGAGGAAGAUUAUUUCCUACCAGUACCUCUGUUGCAAACCAUCUUGGACACGGCUUCCCCCAGUGUCUUGGAGUCUACGGUCUCUGUUUCAGCCCUUCUGGUUGAAGAAUUUCUGACUUUCAUGAAGCUCCAACCAUGGCUUCCAAAGUGCUGCACCUCCCAGGAUCCCAACAGUGCUAGCAUUCUGGAGGAAGUAGCCUCAUUGCUAGAAGAAAUGGACAGAGAUCUGGCAAGGUUCCUGCAGAGCAUGUACAUACAACCAGAGGAAGACCACAAAGAAGCCCUACUAAGGGGAGUGAGACAUGUGCUCCAACCCGCCCUUGGCACUCUAUUUGUGGGGUAUCUGAGCAUGGACACCGUGCUGUACAUCUGGGACCAGAUCAUCUUGGGCCUUGAGCAGCCCUCUUAUAAUUGUCUCCCAGCAUUUGCUACAGUUUUCAUCAUCCUGCUCCGAGACCAGCUUCUCAAAUGUCAGUCUACGGCUGAAUUGGAACUGACGCUAAAAGCUCAGGGACUGACCUUGUCCAUGCAAGGUUUCCAAGACAUGAUCGGAAAACACUUUUUUGAAGAACUCUACCAACAUUUGCAAAGAGACAGCCACGAAGCCUUCCCGAUCCAUGAUCCCACCCAAGCUUUUCCUCCAUGGAACUAUAGAGGCUCCCAAACAUCAGCACCUCCACGGACAAGGCCAGAAGACAGGAGGAGAAUGAGGGAGGAGCGUGUGUUGCAACAGAGACAACAUGGGGAAAGAAUGAGAGAGGAAGAGAAGCUUCAAACCUUCAGAAAAGAAGAACUAAAGAGGCAACAGGACACACGAUUACUGCAGAAUUUAGAAGCAGCCACAAGGAAAUUUGAAAUGCAGAAAUCCCACCUGGAAGAGCAACUGUCACAGGAGAGGCAGUUUCGUUAUGAAAUACAAACCACAGCACAGAAGCAGAUCAGCAGGUUGCAAGAUGAAGUCAACCGACUUGAAGAGUGGAAGAUGCCUUCUUUGGAGACCUACUCUGUUGGAAGUCUUGUAGCCCCUGCGCCGUCACCACAAUCCCAAGUGCCGUCUCACGCCUCACAACUUCAUUUUUCCUUAGCAGAAACAGCCACAGGGAACUCCACACCAAGAACAAGUGACAGAGAAAAUAAAGCUAGGACUCUCACACUUGAACUGCUGAAGCAAAUGAUGGCGACAGUUAGUGCAAUGUUUCAUGGAUCAAAUGCAGAAGCAAGGGAACAACUGGACGCAGCCACAAGAGAGCAUCUUCAGAACUACCAUCAAGACCAAACAAAUGCAAAAAUUGAGAUAUUUGGUUAUGAAAUCAGUGAAGAAGAAAUAGAGGACAUUCCAGAACCCAGAAGAAAACAUAUGAGAGCGAAAUUGGAGGCCAUAAUCAGAAGAGGAACAGAGGCCCGUUACAAAGCCCAGCUGGUAGCUUGCAAAAGAAAUUACCAGAAUCUGUGACUUGUGUCAGAAAAUUUAAACUGCCAAAGUAGUUUUCACACAGUGAAGCCAAUACCUCCAACAAACGGUAACAUUCAGAGGGAGAGUUGACGCAUCAAGGCUUCUAUCAGCAGGGCUCCCCUCCUGGAACUGUUUCUUGGGAUAGCUUCACUUAUCUGCAUCAGAGGGGUGAGCAAAGCUCCCUCCACUGGCUCAGCUGGGCCCCAUCUCCUGCACUAGCCAUUUCACAUAGCUGUGGCUAUUACACAAGUUAGUACAUACUACUCCCUAUUAGGUCACUGAAUAAAUAAAAUCAGUACCAUGCACACACCUAAGUACUUUGUGAAUCGCAUACCUUGCUUUGCAUCUCUUUUCUUCAGAGGCGAGUGGCCUCACAUACUGGAAUCUUCUUUUGGUCCCAGCCUGGCUGCUUCUUAGGCACCAGACAAAAAUGUUGAUUUUGGUUUUUAUCCUGGAGUUUGACUUGUUUUACCCUUAUAGUGCUCUUUAUUUGGCAUGAGUCCAUUUAGAUUUUAAUCCUUUUGUAUGAUGAUUUUUAAAAAAGCUUUAUCAUUGCGUUUAGUCUCCAAUUGUAAGCCACCUGUAGUUUUUAUCCAGGCAGCAGUUUUCUUAAAAAACACAUCCACAUUACUUACUGCCAAACAAGUACAUUGUCAGAAGUAUGCUGGGUUCUGUAUUUCCUGGUAAAGGUAUUGCCCUCCCCCAUUUAGGGAGAUCAACUAUUAGGAAGUGACACCAACCACCUCUGAUGAAGAGUCUACAGUAAGUAGCCACAGCUGGUUUACACAGCUACUAUGCAAAUUCAUAUUAACAAGCCACAAACGAAGAAUUAAUUUUAAAAAAUUCAAGAGUGAAGAGGAUUGUCAACCUGCUAAGAACUGGUCUGAUUUAGUUUUGACAAAUGAUGGAGGGGGGGGAGUAUUGUGGAGGGAAAAAGCAAUCUUGGUUAGGUUUAAAAAAUAUGAACAAGUGCAACCAAAUGCCUGAGAACCAACAGCCUUGCUUGAGGGACAAAAUCCUCCCUCCAAAUUUGAGGAAGUAGAUUAUAUUUAGUCUUCUAGAACAGCCACAAAAUAUUUAAUGCAAUAGCAAAACUCAAGUGGUAGAGUCCCCUCCCCCCAUUAAAGUAGCAGCUGUAGAGAAAAAUACCUGACAUUUAGAAUUGACAAGUACCAGUGAGGGAACUUCCCUGGGUUUUUGUAAACUUCGUUUUUGGGGGGAACGGGGAGUUCCCCCCACAAACCUGGAUGUUCCAGAUUUGUAGAAAGAUCUCUCUAUACAUUACCUUAAUUUGCAGUUACCUAUCUAUAUUGGCUAUGUCCCAAAUUAGGUGUUCUAAACAGUCAAGAGGGCUUGUUGUCCUUUAAAAGAACAAAGACCCCACUAUGCCAAGUACACCAAUGCCCUCCCCCUUGAUGUUACUUUGCCAGAUUUGACCAGUUAGAAAAAGAUCAAUACCCAUUAUAUCCAAUUGCUGAGCCGAGGCUUUUGAAUUUCCAAUUUGAGAUCUUCUCUGUAACUAAUUUUAAUAACCAUUAGCCUGCCAUGCAGGUAUCAAAACAUUUAUUAUAACUAUUUAAAAGCUUUAGUAUUUUACUGUGUAGAAUCAUCUAAACUAGAUUUUUUAGCACAGAAACUCUUAACUAGGAGCCAUGCAGCUUUCCCAGAGAAGGUAGCCACUUUUCCUCACUUGCAACAGCUUUUGGCAGCCAGCAGCAUUGUUUUACACUGUUCAUGCAACCCCAGGGUUAAAGCCCUGCAUCCCAGACCCCUCCCAACAUGCAGCAAUUAAGAACUAAAAAAUGGGAAACCCGUUCUGAAGCAAAUUCAAAUUACUCCAAAAAUGUAUUGUGAGCUUACAGAAAAAAUGGGGGGUUCCACUAAAAACAAAGACACAGUUGGAUGUCCUGUAGAUAGUGCCACUUACGAUCAAAACAGGCACAUUUCACAACCCAUUUCUUUGCCCUUGUCUGCGUGUAACCUAAACAAAGUUGGCAGGCCUGAAGUGCUGUUCAUGUGUCCCAAUUACUUAUUUAUGGCUUGAGGGUAAUUCAGUUAUAACAGCUAGGGGUGCUAGUGGAACACCUGUGUGUUAGAAUAUAGCAUCAUGCAAUUUCAACUUACAACCCAAAUCCUGCUUGGGAGAACUU